CUGCUGCUUCACUGGAGGUGCUCGGACUCAGCAGCAAUACAAGGGGAACUCUGCUGGAUUUGGAUCAGUGCUGAAGAGGAGAAGUUGGACGGUCUGUGAGGACUUUUCGUGCCAGUUUCAGGAGGAGCACCGGAUGCGACUGACCACAGACCAGCUGUUCCAGUUGCAUCGGGAGAUUUUCACCAGUUCCCAGUAAAAGUACUGCAGGCUCUCUCUACGAUUCUACAGGUUGAAACAGGAUGACCACUAUGCAAAGGUUGCUGCAGCUGCCAGUGAAUGCUGUGAACAUGGUGAAGACUGUUCAGAGUCAGGUCCAGGGCCAGGAAGAGGACAAAAGUCCCGUGCUGAGUCCUGACAGUGGACAGCAGACUUGGUACAGCGCCCUGCAGCCGGAUGAACUGCGCCACCUCCGAUCUGGAGGUACUGGGAGUGGAGGAGGAAGUGGAGGAGGAGACCAGGAGGAACGAGGCUCCCAGGAGGAAGGAGGUGGAGGUGGCAGCUUCCAAAGUCAGCCACUGCGGCAUGAUGACUUGAAGGAGAUGCUGGACAGCAACAAAGACUCCCUGAAGCUGGAGGCGAUGAAGCGGAUUGUGGCUAUGAUUGCCCGGGGCAAAAACGCAUCAGACCUUUUCCCCGCCGUGGUAAAAAACGUGGCGUGUAAAAACAUUGAGGUGAAGAAGCUGGUCUAUGUUUACUUGGUGCGUUAUGCAGAAGAGCAGCAGGAUCUUGCCCUUCUCUCAAUUUCUACGUUCCAGCGUGGAUUAAAGGAUCCCAAUCAGCUGAUCAGAGCCAGCGCCCUGCGUGUCCUGUCCAGCAUACGAGUUACCAUUAUUGUCCCCAUAAUGAUGCUGGCCAUCAAAGAAGCUGCUUCAGAUAUGUCUCCCUAUGUCAGGAAGACUGCUGCCCAUGCUAUCCCCAAACUCUACAGUUUGGAUCCUGAGCAAAAAGAUCAGCUUAUAGAAGUGAUAGAGAAACUCCUGGCAGACAAAACUACUCUGGUGGCUGGAAGCGUGGUGAUGGCCUUUGAGGAGGUUUGCCCGGAGCGCAUCGAUCUGAUCCACAAAAACUACAGGAAGCUGUGCAACCUGCUGAUCGACGUGGAGGAGUGGGGGCAGGUCGUCAUCAUCAAUAUGUUGACCCGCUACGCAAGGACCCAGUUUCUCAACCCAAACGUCAAUGAGACUCUGCUAGAGGAGGGAGGCGGUGGGGAGAAGACCUUCUAUGGUUCAGACGAAGACGAGGAUGAGGAAGAUGAGGAGAAGGAGAAGAAAGCAGAGGCCGCAGCAAUGGCCAAGAGGAAGCCGUACGUCAUGGACCCCGACCACCGGCUACUGCUGAGGAACACCAAGCCUCUACUGCAGAGCCGCAACGCCGCUGUGGUGAUGGCCGUGGCUCAGUUGUAUUUCCAUCUGGCCCCGAAAGCAGAAGUGGGUGUGAUUGCCAAAGCAUUGGUCCGUCUGCUUAGGAGCCACAGUGAAGUCCAGUACGUAGUUCUUCAGAAUGUGGCAACCAUGACCAUUAAAAGGCGGGGCAUGUUUGAACCAUACCUGAAGAGCUUCUACAUCCGCUCCACAGACCCAACUCAGAUAAAAAUCCUAAAGCUGGAGGUCCUUACAAAUCUGGCCAAUGAGACAAACAUUUCCACCAUCCUCAGGGAAUUUCAGACUUACAUUAAAAGUAUGGACAAAGAUUUCGUGGCUGCAACAAUUCAGGCUAUCGGUCGCUGUGCCACCAACAUCGGAGAAGUCAGAGACACAUGUUUGAACGGUCUGGUGCAGCUGCUGUCCAAUCGAGAUGAGCUGGUGGUAGCCGAGUCAGUGGUUGUCAUCAAGAAGCUGCUACAGAUGCAGCCAGAAAAGCACAGCGACAUCAUCAAGCACAUGGCCAAACUCACCGACAACAUCCAGGUUCCGAUGGCCCGAGCCAGUAUCCUGUGGCUGAUUGGAGAAUACUGUGAGCACGUGCCAAAGAUCGCUCCAGAUGUCUUGAGGAAGAUGGCCAAGUCGUUUACCAAUGAAGAGGACAUUGUGAAGCUACAGAUCCUAAAUCUGGCUGCAAAGCUCUAUCUCACCAACUCUAAACAGACUAAAUUGUUGACGCAGUACGUUCUCAACUUGGCCAAGUACGACCAGAACUAUGACAUCCGUGAUCGGGCGCGGUUCAUUCGGCAGCUCAUAGUGCCCAUUGAGAAGAGCGGAGCUCUCAGCAAGUAUGCCAAGAAGCUUUUCCUGGCUCUGAAACCUGCACCUGUGCUCGAGUCUCCAUUUAAAGAUAGAGACCACUUCCAGUUGGGUUCCCUUUCCCACCUGCUGAAUGCCAAAGCUGGGGGCUACCAGGAGCUGCCUGACUGGCCCGAAUCCGCCCCCGACCCCUCCGUGCGCAACGUGGAGACAGAAGAAGUCAUAACCACCGGAGAGGGACGGAUCGGCCUCCUGGGGGACUGGCGAGAGGUGCCUGAAUGGACCAAAUGCAGCAGCCGGGAGAAAAGGAAGGAGAAGAAAGUUGAGAAGCCGUUCUACUCCGACUCUGACGGCGAGUCUGGGCCAACAGAGUCAGCUGAUAGUGAGUCAGACUCUGGCAGCGGCUCAGAGAGCGGCAGUGAGGAGAGCAGGUCGGGUUCAGAGAGCGAAGAGAGCGAUGAAGCCUCUAUGUCUGAGGAGGAAGAGGAGGAGGAUGAGGAGGAAAAGAAACCUAAGAAGAGAGAGUUAAAGAAACCAAUGCAUGAGAGUAAAAGUGAGCAGAGCAGCGAAGAGGAAGACAGGAAGCGUGAGAGGAAAGGUAAACAGCGGCAGAGCGAAUCCGAGUCUGAAUCAGAAGAACAAGAGGAGAGUGAAUCUGAGAGCAGCCAGUCAGAGUCUGAAUCUGACUCUGAAUCUGAGGCAGAAGUCAAAAAGAAGAAGAAGGCAGCUGAGUCUAAACCUCCUUCCAAACCGAUCAAGAAGGAGACCAAGAAAGAGAAGAAAGAAAUGUCUCUUCUUGACCUUGAUGAUUUUGAACCAACUCCCUCACCUCAAGUCACGCCGGUCAACAACUUGCUGUCCAACAGCCUUGUGACCGACCUGGAGGGGCUUUCUCUCUCUGAUGCCGUCCUGUCACCAGCAACCAUCGCUCCCUCCAGCGCGCUGAAGAGCUAUGAGCUGCUGCACCGCAUCACGGGUGAGGGACUGUCAGUGGAGUACUGCUUCAGCCGGCAGCCUUUCAGCCCCGACGCAAACAUGGUGGCGGUCCAGAUGCACUUCACAAACAACUCCGCCUCCGACACCAAGAGCCUACAUAUGGAGGAUGUGAAGCUGCAUUCUGGGAUGAGGGUCAAGGAGUUCCAAGAGAUAGAGUUGCUACCAGCCGGUGAGACUGCCACAGCAGUGAUGGGCAUUGACUUCUGCGACUCAACACAAGCAGCAAACUUCCAGCUGUGCACACACACCAGGAAGUUCUUUGUAUCCAUCCAGCCGCCCGUCGGGGAGCUGAUGAGGCCAGUCUUCCUCACAGAGAACGAGUUUAAAAAAGAGCAAGGUCAGCUGAUGGGAAUGAAUGAGAUUACAGAGAAGCUAACGUUGGAUGCCAAGUGUCGGAACGAGCACACCAUUGUCCAGAGAGUGACCACGGCCGCCAACCUCAGCCGAGUCCCCUGUGGGUCGGAUAAAGAGUGCAGUCCUCCUGUUCCUCCUCCUGAUCAUCCUGUCUACAGGUUUGCUGGCAGAACGGUGACCAGUGGCAGUCUGGUGCUGGUCACUGUUGCGAGUAGAGAAGAGGGCGCUGCUCAGCUGACUGUCAACUGUGAGAAGAUGUUGAUCGGUACGAUGCUGGUUAAAGACAUCCUCCUGGCUCUAACUCAGUGACGACAGGCAAAGACCCAGCGGGACUUGUACUCCCUCACCUCAGCCACCUCAUAGAUUUUAAGGACUUGGCCACUGCUCCAUCUUCUGUGUUCUCCAGCAAGCAAAGUUAGAGAGGAAGCUUCCAGAUUGUGAAAAGCUAAUGGGCUCUUAGUAUUUUAGAUGUUUCUGUUUGCUGCGUCUAAAACCUCUUCUCAGAGAAAACAUCUAUAUACAAGAAUAAUCCAACUGUAGCAUUAUUAUUUUACCUGUAAUUAGCCUAAAUCUGAAGUAUCUAUAAUUAAGAUGAUCCAAGGUAUAAAAAUGAUUUCAUGGGCUUUUUCUUAUACUGGUUUCCAGGAUAAACAUUGUAGCAGAGCGGAUAUUAAUAUUCAGAUAUUUUCUACUGUUUGUUCUCACUCUCCACAUGGAAAUCAAACUUUUGGUUAGGUUAGAAAAAGGCUAACUAGAUUUUCAAUUUUGUCAAUCAUAUCAUUCAUGUGAGAUAUCCAUCCAUCUUACAUAAAUGAUUUAGGCUACCUUCACACUGCAGGCCUUAAUGCUCAAUUCAGAUUUUUUUUGUUAAAUCUGAUUGUUUUAUGUGUUUAUUUCCUGUUUCUAAAUAUAUGUGACUUGUAUAUGAACUCCUGUGUGAAAUGUAUU